GUAAAUACGCACACACACACCACACACCUUUUGCUUGUUUGCAAGAAUAGGUACUUGCUCAGUUGGGAGACUUUUAUUUUUAGUUAAUAUUUAGUACAAUGGAUUCAGCUUUACGUGAGCAAGUUAUGAUAAAUCAAUUCGUGUUAGCAGCAGGAUGUGCUCAAGAACAAGCUAGACAGUUGUUGCAAGCUGCUCAUUGGCAAUUUGAGACAGCACUUUCAAUAUUCUUCCAAGAAGUUGCCAUUCCUUCUGGAGCUAAUGGCAUUGCAGCUCCACAUUAUCGUCAGCAAUUGAUGACGCCAUGCAACACACCAGCAACGCCGCCGAACUUCCCUGACGCGCUCGCCGCUUUCUCCCGGCUGUCCACGACGGGCAGCCCGGGCACGGCGGGCGGGGGCGCGGCGGGCGCGGGGGGCGCGCCGCCCGUGUCCCCGCUGGCCACGCAUCCGCCGCCGUCGCACUCGCACGUGCCAGUCAACGCCUUCCCGCCCGCUCCGAACCCGCAAACGAAUUACGCAUCGCUUUCCUGCUCAACUGCUGUGUGCAGUGAACAUAUGCCAAGAUAAAUUGGAAAUAUUAGUUUAGGAGCAUCUAUAAUUUAUUUUUAUAAUGGUGCGCAUUGUGAGCUGUGGAAUUGUGUAUGAAAAUGUAAAAUAAUAUUUCACAAACACCCCACUACAGCGGCAAUUAGCUGGACAAUAUUAGGGGUGCUGUAGUCAAUCAUGUUAUAUGUAAGUAAUUAAUGAAAUAUUGUAUGUAUUUAAUAUUUAUGUAUAAAACAGUGUUUUCUGAAAAAAUAUGCACAAUUAACCUAUGAAAUGUGUAAGUUUUCGUUAAUCAAAUUUACCUGUGAUUUUACUUGUAAAAAAUCAUAUAAUGAAUCGGAAUCAUGUUAUACAAUCAAGUGACUGUAAAUUAGAUCAAACUAUGUAUGUAUCAGAAUUGACAAAAAUAUUUUCUUUAGCUCAUAAUAUUAUGUUGGUUGUCGUAAUUCAACCAUUAUCAAGUUGUAUAGCCAUUUUUUUAGAAUGCUAUAUUAUUUAUAUUCAGUGUGUUUAAGUAUAACGACUCUUAAAAGACAAUACAAUAUUGUUAAAAAAAUACUACAUUUGAUGUAAAAGUUUAUCUAAAAAAAAAAAAAAAUACUCGUCUCGAAUUCGAUUUGGUUGCGACUAUUUGACGAUGGGUCGGUAAAGUGUCUGUGCUCAAUCCGAGUGGAGAACCUUGCGAGGUACGCAUGUCCGACCCCUUGUAAAGGAAAGGGAUACACCCGUUGUAAAUUGUGUGUACAAAGGCAGCCAUCAAAUGCAAAGUUUAAUUUGUGCAUCAAAUAAAUAUCACAGACCGCAUCAAACUUAUAGUCCUUUUAUCAGAUACAUAUUGAUCGUCUUUGCAAUCCACUGCUACUCGAAAGACCCUCGAAUCUCGAUUGAUCUCUAGCAAAAAUAGAGUUCUAUUCAGUAAACUCUUGGGCUAGAAACUUCUCCAUCUGAGCUAUGAAAAAUAUUUCUCGUUCUUCCAUUUAUACCUACCUAAAGUAAUGUACGCAAACUGAACUAAUUAGCCAUUUAUUUGAAAGAGCAACUGUAUAAAUUAACGAACACAUUAAAGUACCUACGCAAUCUGAAACUAAGAUGCAUGCAUUGGAGUGUACCCUGAAUAUUAACAUUUUCCUCAUAUGGAUUGAAUCCGAAGCCGUUGCAAAGUCAUGUUAAAUAUAAAGAAGUAGAAUAAGACUUACAAUAAAAAUUUAGUAUGAUAUAUCUCAGUUUUUUUUUCGUAUCUGGAAGGGUAAAGCUAGAGAGUUAGCUUACAUUUUUAUUUGUCAAACACGUAACAUGUUAAAAUAUUAAUCUUUAUUUGUAACAUGAUUUUAAAAUCUAUUCUAUCUCAACAUGCUGCGCGCUGUAACUGCCGAAAGGAUCACUCAAUACACAUACAUAUUUUGUUUAUGUAUGAUUCUGUAUUUGCUGUUGUUACUUAAGAGACGCUACGCUAUCUAUACGUAAAUACCUGAAAAUGCUCUCUUAUACCUACACUACGGAUUAUUACGGCAAGGCCAAGUUGCCGUUAUAAGUCGUAGUGUGCGACGGGCCUUAUUUUAAUCGAUUUUCAAAUGGCAGACUUCACAUUCGGCACUCGUGCGGUUGCCCGCGCUUUUUCAAAGUAUAAUAGGGUAUUUGACACCACCAAUCAAUUGACGUACUUUUUAAAACUGUCAAAACGACACACUCCCAUAGAUUUUGUAAGGCAAUACUAGCAUGUGACGUCACAAUUUUAUCAACUCAAUGAAACUACUUUUUUCAAUUACAAUGCAACCAAAAAUCGUAAUUUACAGGUAAAUAAAAAUUAAUUAAGUUUUUAAGACCAGAAAGAAGUGUCUUUUAAAAAAAGUUGUGGUUUAGAAUUAUUGGCGAAUGGUGUCAAAUACCCAAUUUUAACUUUGCGCAUUUUUGUGAUCUUACGUAAGAACUAUCGAUACUCCCUCCAACCCCCUUGUAAGAAAAAAUGCUGUCCCUCCCCCCCCUAGUCUUACGUAAUAAUUAUAUGAAUGGCCCCAAAAGAAUAAACACCUUUCAGUCUUUUUCUAGGGCAGUGGUUUGCAUAUUAUACCUAGUACAUAUGAUUAAUUUCUUUACCUGAUUAUUAUAAUAUGGUAGUAAUUAAUUUGAUGCGCGUAUUGUUAAUACCAAAGUUACGAAACUAACUUUACAAUACAGUGGUGCAAAAAUCAAACUUAUCUGCGCAUUUUUGUCUAAUCAUGUUUAUGUAUGGCCAAUGGAAUUUUUCUAGAUGUAAAUUCGCCCUAAUAAGACCUCGCUAACGGUGCGUGAAAAGCAUCGCGUACCAAGCUAUGUUUAGUGCUCAAGUUUUCAGUGUAAUAAAGCGUUAUAACGAGGUAUUACUCGUUUUUGGCGUUUGCAUGUAAACACUUACGCCUGGUACGCCUUGCCGGCCGGAAAGCGUGUCUGGUCGUGCAAUUCAAGAAACACCUGCUCUGAAUUUCACAGCCAUUAACUGAUGGCAAUCAUCAAUUACUUUAAAAACCAUUAGGCCACGUUCAUGUUAACGAGCUUUGGUGCGAAGCUCAAAGCUGGGUGUGAAACAAUUCUUAGGUAGCUACCUACUUUAUGAUACAAAUGGUCGCCGAAACAUGGCUGUUUAUACCUCGCUUUGCGCUCCUCUAAAUCUAAGCUCUCGUAUCCAUAAAUGCCUACUUACAUAGCCAAAUAGAGAUCUUAAAUUAGCACCACUGUACAAUUUUGGCAAAUAAAAAUAAAUAAAAUUGUUCUCUGACGAGUUUGUGGUCGGCACUAAAAGCUUAGCACUUCCAGCCUAUCAAACCUUGUAGCUUGAGGAUUUUGGGGACAUAAAAUCUACAUUAGGUAUUACAAUAUUUUUGAAAUCUUAAAAAGUUUUAGCUAGGUAGUGCCCCAAAUUCCGCAAGCGGGUAGGUUGUUCACGGUUACUUUUUUGCAUAAUUCCUGCCGACAUUUGUUCAUUCAUUCAUUCUAUUUAGUUUAUUAAAUGUCUUGUAAUAUUAUGUUCGAAUGUAGACGUUUGAAAGCUCAACUGCAUGAACAUAAUAAAUUCUGAUGUUAAAAUUGUAAAAAUAGGUUUAUUUCGUUAUUAGUGACUUUCAAUAUUACUGUUGUAUAGAACUGUUGGGAAUACUCGAAAAUUAAAUAAAAAUUUCAGCUGCA